AUGCAAGAACAAGUCCUCCCUCGAUAUUCGACCAUUUCCAUUGCUCCUCCAUGUUACCUCGCACCUUCCAGUCUAACUUCGACGGCGCAAGGUCAUUAUUCGUUUCCGCUGCAGAACAGUAAAGGAAAAACCUGGGCUUCCGUCAAUCUGCGAAAAGAAAUACAUCGGAGAACGCCGUCCAGUGCGAACGACGUGCCGAUCAUCGAGGAAGGCGCUAAUCCAAUGACUGGGACAGUAAACCUUGAUUUACAGUCUCCGGAGACAAUUCAAGGAAUAACGCUUGCCGUUCGAGGUCGUGCUGUGACAGGCGCGAACGAAGGAGGAUCUCAAACCUUCUUAGAUCAUACUGUGUUCUUGUGGUCAAAGGGCCAGGAUGACCCUCAUACCUAUCGUACCGACCUAGAUAACAUCGGAAACUCCUCUACGGGCUCCAAAACCGGCAAGUUGUCUGGGAGUUACACAUUCCCGUUCUCCAUUUCCCUCCCAAUGACCGACGCCGCUGGGGGCGCUCUGCCAGAAACAUUUCUAGAGCGAACCUCCGGCGUUCGGGUCCAAUAUGAGUUGGUUUUGAAAGCCGAUUCAAAACUUCGGAUACCGAUUGUGUACCGUCGUAAAACAACCCCCUCAGCUACAUCAGAACUGCGACAACAUGCAUAUCGAGCGAAUACUCCUGCUCCGGGUCCCGGACUCGAUCCUUAUGGAUGGUCAACGUUUGACGCCGUGGACAGCAUAGGGCGUCUAUUAAAUUCUCGGACAGUAAUCCUACGAUGUACGUUGUCCCUCGCAAACCCGCUAUCUUACACUCGCGGGUCAUUUAUCCCUUGCCAUCUUCGUAUUGAAAGCGUGGAUGAGCAAGCGCUCGAUCUUCUCGCUUCUCCAAGAACAACCAUACUUAACCUAUGCCGACGUGUCAAAUAUUUGUUCGACGCUGGUCAAGGUAUGCAACACAAUGGAAAAAGCAAGGCUUCCAAGCUAAAGUAUGAAUUCUCGGAUGUGAGCCAGGCGAGCUGGUCGCAAGAUCAAGAUCAAGACGUCAAUGAGAACGACUCCCGCGUUCGUUGUUUAACGGGAGAGAUUCCACUGUCAAAGGAACUCCCGCCUUCAUCAGAUGUUUUAUCAUUUGGUGUAGAGUACACUGUCGCUUUACUCCCCUUCGAAUCUGUGACGUUCCUACCUGAAGGAGUAGCGUUGUUGCAGACGCAUAAGGUGGAAAUCGUAACUGAAUAUGCCCCAGGUCCUGUACCUACCUCCUGUCGGGCUUCCGUCGACCACAUUGGAGCGUCGUGGGUUGCAUCGGCUGUAGACAGCGGAAAUACAAUUGCGGCAUCGCACAGUAAUCCAUUUCAGCUUGUCACUUAA